AUGCAGAAACUCCUUGAUCAAGAAGAUUCUGACAUUGACAACAACCUUUUCAGAGCCAAUGCUGUGUGUCCUGAAACUCUUAUUUUAACUGAUUAUCAAGCCAAAUGUCCAAAGUUGCAUGAACUUAAAAAAGCAUGCAUCAACAGAAUAAUAGAAUACAAUAGAACACAAUCAGGCUUAAUUGCAUCAAAAAAAUGUUUAGAACUUCAUCAUACAAAAUAUCAAGAUGAACCAAUUCCUUUAAUAUAUCAGCCAAGAGAUGUACACAAGCAAAAAUGUCUUGUUUCAAUUUCUGGCUCAUCCGAAAUACAGGAAUUAAAUGGAUUUAAUAAAGUUGAAAUGAAGAAAUCAGCAGAUUCAUUAGGAGUUGCUGUAUGGUAUAUGAAACCAAAUUAUGCAAAUACAAUGUUGGCGAUAGGAUAUUGGGGUUAUGAUGAUAAAUAUCUUGUAAGCGGAUCAUCAGAUGGCAUAAUAUCUAAAUGGGAUGUUGGUAAAGGUAGAUGUGAUCAAAGGAUGACUGCAGAAACUUCAAAAGGAUCAGAGACAAUUAGUUGGGCAGUCAAAAUACUCAAAGGUGGGAUAAUCGUUAGUGGUGAUUCGCUUGGAAAUGUGCAAUUUUGGGAUGGAAAGAUGGGUACAAUGUUACAAACAUUUAAAAUUCACGAAGCAGAUGUACUCUGUCUUGAAACAAAUUGUUCAGGGACAGAGGUUUUUUCAAGCGGCGUAGAUCGUAAAUGUUGUUUAUUUCGUUAUGUCGAUCUAUCAUUGGAGUCAACUUCUGAUGAUGCAGAUCUUGAUUCGAUUAUGAGUUUUGAUGAUUUAACAGAUAUUAAUCACAUUAAGAAUCUAACUGAACAAUGGAUUUCUGUUGGAUAUCAUCAUCAACAUUCUCAUAAUGGAGCAUUUGCUUAUUUUUAA